AUGAAACGCGAAUACCUCCCGUUAAGAACCCUCCCAGCCUGGCAGCGGCUUAAUGGGGCUGUGUUAUAUGGCAUUGAAUUCCAACAACUCGGCUCUGACGAAAAUGGCGCCGACAAGGGCAGCGGAAUUGUCGCAACAGAAAGCAAAUCCAGCAGCGAGAGCGAUACGAACCCCGAAAUUUUGCUCCAGAUACCAUCUGAUCUAAUAAUAUCUUUGGAGACUGUGCAAAAUCAUGCCAAGUCCGACCCAUACCUGCGCGAUGUGUUGGAAGCGAUCGGUGACUUUGGAAGGACAGCUCGAGGGGCGAUCCUGAUAUUCCUACUGAUUCAGCUGUCGCAUAACAGCCCUGAUCUCCAGUCACAUGAUCAAAUUGUCGGCAUCUCUAAUCCCUGGUCCGAAUACGUCAAAUUCCUGCCGCCGUCGUUUCCCUUGCCUACAUUCUACACCUCGGAGGAGCAGGAGCUUCUUCGGGGAACAUCGCUGGCGGACGCAUUGGACGCGAAACUCGCAUCUCUCGAAAAAGAGUUUGACAAUCUUCGUGAAGCUACUGAGGCAAUUCCGUGGUGUCAACAAAUCUGGUGGGAUGAGAGGACUGGCGCGUUGACGAUUGACGACUGGAAGUAUGUCGAUGCUGCCUAUCGGUCUCGCAUGCUGGAUCUCCCAGGUAGCGGUCUUGCAAUGGUUCCUUGUGUUGACAUGGCCAACCACGUUUCUGGGGAUACCGUCAAAGCGCUGUAUGACGAAAACUCCAAGGGCGACGCGGUCCUUCAACUGCGGUGGGGCAAGACCGUACAGCCCGGGGACGAGAUUACAAUUUCAUAUGGCGACGAGAAGCCCGCCUCCGAGAUGCUGUUCUCCUACGGGUUCUUGGAACACGACCGAAUUGAAACAAGUGAGAUAUCAUUGAACCUUGAAAUUCCAGAAGAUGACCCACUUGGUCUACCAAAGAAAAUAUUCUGUCAGAAUGACACUGGAUUGCGCAUUCUAGCAGCCCACACUGCCGUUGAAACGCAGAGAGUGACAUGGGAGAGCCCCCUUGCUUGGUUAGCGUGUGUGAAUGAGGAAGAUGGACUCCACUUUGGCCUGGCACAAACAACCGACGGAGGCAGAGAAUUGGAAGUAAGCUGGAAAGAUGAGAAGGUUCAAUCACCUGGUCAUCUCCGUGAGCUUCUAGCCGCCGAUCCCUUGUGGGAAAUCUUCCAACUUCGCGCCGCAGUUCUCCUUCUAGAACGGCUUGAGACGCAACUCGCUCAUUUGCAGGAGACGGAAGAAAUCCUAGCCAAUCUCCGCGAGGAAAAUGUGGCUGUUGAGUCCUUGUUUCGACCUGGUGUAUUCGAGACAAUUCUUCAGUUCCGAAAACUGGAGGGCGAGCUCUUAGAACAGGCCGUCGAAGAUUUAAUCAAGCAGAGGACUGAAUUGCUGGCAUCCGAAACCAUCGCUACCUAUUUCCGGUCGCAAACAGAAGAAGUGGAGGAUUUUUCAUGA